AUGGACGUCUCAUCACCUGCCAAGCGAGGCGGCGACGUUCCGGAUCAGCCUCGGAGCAAGAAACGGGCCAAGUACACUCUGCGCGCUUGUAAUGAGUGCAAAAGACGUAAAUUGAAAUGUAGUGGUGAAUCUGUCUGUUCCCGAUGUGUCCGAGAUGGCACGGAAUGCAUCUACGCCAACGGCAAUCUCACGCCUGCUCCGGAGGGGGAUUUCAAAGACGACAGAUUAAACACUCGAUUCAAAACUGUCGACUACCAGAUUGAAACUCUCCAGCGGGAGAUGCGGACACUCUCAGAGCGCAUGCAUGAGCUGGAGUCGAAUUCGCACACAAAUUCGAACUCGACCAUGUCUACGACUAAGGAUGGACCAACUUUGAACUCUUCAUCUGCUCCGUUAUCUACUCACAUUGGACUACAUCGGAUUAUGAAUGCGCCCAAGUCGCCUUCCUAUGUGGGUCCCACGAGCGCGGAGUUUGGUAUAACGGCGCGACAGAAGCCACCUGAUGAUAGUGAUGAUGAGGACUUGCAAUCGUCAAGUACACGCAGUGCAGGGGCAUCUGAAGCAACAGGGCUAACAGAUGACCCGCUACGCAGUCUGGGCCAGACGGAAGCUCUACGUCUCGUGGGGGUGUACGAGAACACCGUCGGGAUAAUGUACCCCUGUGUCGAUCUGGACAGCGUCCGAGCGUAUAUCAUCGACUUUUACCGAAAUGACGGGUGUGAUGUCCCAGCUUCUCCGUCGAAAACGGAGACAGAGCAAGAUUGGUUCAUUGCGCGGGACGUGGAGUUUUUGAAAAUCCUUCUAGCUACGGCUUUGUUGGCGGAGUCGCAUGGGAGGAGUGAGAGGGCAGCGCAGUUGGCGGAUAGUGUGGAGGAUCAGUUUGCGAGUCGGUUGAAGGUUGCGCAGGUUGAUAUGAAGGAGUUGUUGAUUUUGACGUUGUUGUCUAUUUUCCAUUCUUAUCGUGACGAUGAAGUUAUUGCCUGGCGGUUAACUGGUAUGGCUGUGAGGGGAGCAAUGGAACUUGGGCUGCACUGUCAAGAUACCUGGACGAAGACGAAUGGCGUGUUUCCAGGCGAACUCCAAUGGACCUGGGCUAGUCGACUGUUCUGGUGUAUCUACGUCCUCGAUCGCAAAUGGUCGUUUGGAACGGGUCUCCCAUUUGCUAUUCAAGACUCCGACAUGGACACCAACCUGCCUCAACCUGGGACGGCAACGCCAUACCUGACGUGCAUGAUAUCCUACGCCCGACUAAGUACCAAGAUCUGGGAAUUGGUGGUCGGCUGGCGCAAUCGCCCUCGAUCCAGUAUCACGGAUAACUGCGCAUACCUCGAUUUUCAGGUUCAGCAAUGGAUCCAAUCUAUUCCCAGCGAGUUGCGCUUCGACCCGACAUGGCGUUCAACUUCUGGGUCUGACGAGACUGACAAUAUGACCAUGUUACAGGUUCUGCUAGCUCUACAAGCUAACCAGCUUCGCAUUCUGGUCUACCGUCAAUACCUUCUCACAACGGAGAGCAUCGAUGGCGACGUCUCGGGCGCCUCCAUCGCCGUCGAGACGGCCAAAAGCACGGUGCACAUGCUGGACUACUACAGUCGCGUGUCAAACAUCUACUUCCAGCGACCGGAGCCAUUUAACUACUUUUUAAUUUCGGCCUUGGCAGCCCUCUUCCUAGCCGUGUUACAUGCUCCUACACGUUUCAGCACCGUGUGUCGGCCCGAGUUCUACGCCGCGGUGGACAUGGUGCGACGAUCGUCCACGCGAGCCAGGACUUCCCGUCGGUUACAAAAGAUCAUUAAAAGCUUGAAACUGAUACAGUUGAAUUUGGGAAUGUCCAAAUCGACUCGCUCUGGUGAUCGUCGGCGUGAUAAGAAUAUCGGUCCUGCUCAGAAUCAGGAGUCUAACACUCCUUUGUCAUCGACGACUCACUCUCAUACGCCACUGCAGACGCCGGGUAUACCCACUCCACAGCCAUCGGCUGGCUCGCUCUGGUCUGUGUCGUCGCCGAAUACCGUUCCACCAGGUGACAGUAGUUGUGAAGAUUUGACGAGCUUUUUCGAGAUGGCGGGUGGGUUUUAUUUUGAUCCACGCGCGGUGACUAGUAUGCCAGAUGGAAAUGGGCAGGGAAACGGAGAAAUAUUGGAGCCGGACGUGGCUGGUUUAGAUGCGUUUCAUGCAGAAGAUGAAGCGUUGACAAGAGUCAUGGCUGGACUAAUGUAG